UCAUCAGUGUCAUGUGAACAUUACAUCAUUAGUUCGCACAUUAUAAGAGGUUCUAAUUACUGCCAGCACGUACGUCAUUGUUCUCAAGUACGAUAUUAGAAAGGCGAAUGUUGGAAUUUAAUUUUGGCCCGGUAAGUAUACGAACAAAUCCCGUGGUGCUUCAUUUAAAUGUCAAACCGGCAAUGUGUCGGGGCAGCCGGGAGGUCGCCACAACCGCCGGCAGGGAGUCCGAGCAGAAGCGUAAGCGAGGAGAGACUACACGGAUUUGGUGUUCAGGAGUUUCUCGACGGGUCAAAAUAUGAGGGAGAGUUUGUUGAUGGCCUCAAACAAGGACAGGGAAGGUACACCUGGAGCAGUGGAGAGUUCUACGAAGGCUCUUUCUACAAAGACUACAGGCACGGUGAUGGAAUGUACUCCUGGCCAAACGGCAACAAAUUCGUCGGCAAAUUCUACCUGAACUGGAGAGAAGGAUACGGAAAACACAUUUUCCCCGAUGGAGCCAUAUUCAUGGGUUUGUACCAUGCUGACCAGAGGUUUGGUCCUGGUGUGAUGAGCGAGCCAACCGGACGUCAGGAUGUCGGCCUGUGGCAUGGGAAGCAUCUGAUCCAACUGUGUAACUCUGUGCCAGGCAGCUUCAGCCUCAAAAACUUUACUGAAUAUGCUUUCUUCUUGGAGCAAGAUGCCACCUCCACUUUUCAAAGUCAGGAGACUCCUCAAACCGUUCCCUCCAAAGGACUUGCCAGGACAGAUUCAGGGAUAGACAGAGAUGACGAGUUGCUGCUCUAUGAUGACAACACCAUCCUCCCCGCCGGCAUUGAGAAUUUUUCCACCGAUGGCGACCACCUACCGUUGCCCCCGCAUGUCAGAAGAGACUUUGACCAACAUUUCUUUGGCCAGAUGUGGGAAGCCGAUUCUCCCCCGUAUGAGGGCUACAAACGAGACCCACUCGCCACUCUGCCUUUAACGGGCAAAAUGUUGGCUCAUAUUCACAAGCACAGGCGUCAGGGCGAAACAUUGGAUUGGGAUAAUGCAAAGGUUCUUUCAUAUCAAAGGGAUGGUUUUGGUCCAAAAGGACCUUUGGAAGUCGCCUCGGAGCUUCUGAUCCACCAGGCUUCCAUCGGAGAACGAGAGGCCGUUUUGCAGAUUCUCUUGGCCGGCGUCGUUCACCCCGAUGUCGCCGAUUCUCAGGGACACACCGCCUUGAUUGCUGCCACAAUCAACUGCCGUAAUGAUGUCAUUCACCUGUUAUUGGAUAUGGGGGCUGGUAUUGACAAGCGCAAUUUCGAGGGCAUGUCGUCGUUGUCGGUGUGUCAUGUCCUCUACUAUCCCGUGCAGUGUCUAUACACGUAUUCUGCCCCUGCGGCCCCGACGCAGGAUAUCGCAAAGGAGCAACCCACUGUCGAGAAGUUGACUCCCGCGGACGAUCACAACAACACGAACCAGAGCAACUUGCCGCAGCUUACAGACGCCUCAGUUCAGACGGACAGUGAACUGAUCCCGGCACAAUCCUUUUCUUCUUCCUGUUCCAUGUACAGCUACAAAAUGGAAGUCUCGGAGGAGCUCCUGCAAGGCGCAGCCGAAGCCCUGAGUCGCACCGGCUUUCCUCAGCAUUCCGACACUCAGGAGACGGUUCGCAAAAUCGCGGCAAAAAAAUACACGCACCGUUUUCGUUUAUCCACACUCAAUCUGCUGUUGGAUCGCGGCGCGGACCCCAAUAAAUGCAAAGUCCCCUUGCCUGUCCUCUUUGUGGCCAUUAUGGCAGGAGACACUGAAACCGUCAGGAGACUUUUACUGAGUGGAGCUCAGACCGGGAUUUCUCUCUCGCUCGAGAGGAAAGGCCUUUAUCCGCUGCACGUGGCCGCGGCCUUGCCCGGUCCUGAAAGUCCCAAAAUCAUCGAACUGCUGCUGCAUGCUUUAUCGGACCCCGACGCGCGGGCAUCCGACCAGAAUGAGAUCUAUGAACUAGAUAAGGCUUGUAUGCUCCGCUCUGCCCGUAUUUCGUUUGCUGCAAUCACGAACCCGCUUCUGAUUGUUUUGCAGGUUUCCAUAACAAUAAGAAAAUCAUGCAGGAGCCAUCGGACGCCGACUCCCGAAGAAGGAGGCCGAACGGCUCUGCACAUGAUCUGCCAGAGAGAAACUGACCACUCUAAUGCCAGCAAGGCGGUUGCGCUCUUGCUCUCCCACAGAGCCAGAACGGAUCUCCUCUGGAGUGGACACUCGCCUCUCUCCUUAGCCAUAUCAAGCGGCAAUGACAUGGCAGUGGACGUGCUGUUAAAAGGCGGUGCAGAUCCCAACAUUCCGCUGGGUCUUGGAGUGGGCAAUGCCCUUUGUGCCCUCAGUAACUUCAGCUACAACUUGGAUAACAAAAGAGUCAAACUGCUGGACAUGUUGAUCAAGGCUGGCGCCGACAUGUUGAUGCCAGUUCACAUCGGUGACCUGGAAGGGACCGCAGUUGAUUAUGCGCACUUCUCUUUCAACCUUGACUCGCGUAUCGCCAACACCCCCUUCAACACGCUCAACAUGGAGGAGAGAGAAACGUUCAAAUCACGGCGCCACCUGCUCGGCCUCAUGGGAGAUCUGCUUCGCUACAAGGCUGUCAAGAGACAGAAAGAGUGGGAAAAGCAGCUUUUGCAGAAUCGUGAAGACGCGAGUUCUUCUGGCCCAAAAACUCCCGUAGCAAGGAAACAACUUCGGUUCUGCUACCAUUGUGGCCUGUCUGCAGCUGUGACACUUUCCGAGUGUACUCGCUGCCACAAGGUUCUUUACUGCUCAACGCACUGUAAACUAAAAGCAUGGAACAAGGGACACAAGCAAGAGUGUGUCCGGGAUUGUCAUCGACAUCAUCAUCCGGUUCCCCGUUAAAAUGGAGGAGACUGUCGGCCCAAGCCGAUGCGCCGGUCCUAUCCAUGACUUGGGUUCAAAUUGCUCGUCAAAUAUGAUCGUCCUACAACGUUUGGAACUUUUUUUUUUUUUUUUUUGCCAAACUACCUCAAAAACCUAGGUCUAAGUGAUGAACUUGGCCGACUUGAAGCUUCCAAAACUCUGCUUCCUCUUAUAUGAAAUGUUUUUUAAUGGCAUAUCAGGGACGUGUUUCUUACAAACUGCAGUGUACUUAGUAUAUCUCCCGGGGGUUCCCAUGACUACCAAGUCCAACAAUGACCUGUGAACUGGAGGCAUGUUCUCAACAUCCUCACUGUGCCAACAUUCACUUUAUUACCCAAGCUAUAUUUUCACACAAAAUAAUAAAAGCUGUCAUUAAAAGAA